AUGAGGCGACUCACGCGCAGCUCGGCCGUGCAUCGAUCUGUCGAAGUUGACGAGCAGGACGCCGAAGAUGUUACCGCAAUCCUAAAUGAGGAAGCCGCAGGCGCCGCUCGGCCACCUUCUAAGAAGAGAACGCGGACUUCAAGUGGUGAUGCUACGGUGGAGAGCCCCUCCAGAAAACGGAUUCAGCUCCAGCAUCUGGCCGUAACAACGACUUCUCCACGGCGCCAAUCUGGCAGGCUACAGGCCCGCAAGUCGCUGUCCGCGCCGAUGCGUCCCAACAAUCGAAAUCUAUUUGAAUAUCCGGCGGAAGAUGAUGGAGAGGAGGCACCGCGUGCAUCGACAGAACCGGUCAAAAAGCUGCGGUUGCUGAAGAAGACGUUGCCUCAAAAUACAGCAUCGCCUUUCAAGGGCCAUGGGGAACUGGUAACACGCACAAACGCCAGAAUCAACCUAGAUGACUCACCAAGGAAGCGCCGUGGAAGACCACCUAAGGAGACAGAGAAGUUGGCAAAAAUAGCCAAGUCCUUGCAGAGAAAAGGUCGUCGUCCAAAGAACGUGUCAACUUCCCCGGCUGUCGCAGGACACCUCGAUGAGGACGACAUCUUUGGAGCUGCUGAGAGAGAGGAUGAUGCGCCGGCCUCCCAGCUCGACGAACAACCACUUGGAGAAGCUGCGCCGAAUGCCGCACAUCCGGACAGGCCCGCCGAGAAGCCUCCUAGGGGUCGUGGACCUCGUGGCCGGUUCUCGAGUGCAGCUAGGGAUGCAUCUCCUCUACCGGAGUCUCUGGAACCCAAUAAAGCUGUUCAGCGAUCCCAUCUUCAGCAAACCCGGAUCGAGAAACAUCGUCGUCCAGCAACAGGGGCGAUCAAUCCACUAGCAGAGGCUGCCAGGCUGGCGGGAAUGAGACACCAGCCUCUCGACGGAGCUGCUCGAGAUGGCCAACCUACAGAUCGCACAGUAGAAGAUGACCAAUCAGCGGAGGAGAUACUCCCCGACGAGCGAAGAGAGAAUGGCGACACAGGAGGAGAUUCGGAGGACUACGGACAGACUAAGAAUGCCAAUCCCGACACUGUAUCGACCGAAUUUCACCAGGGAGAGGAACAUCAUCGACCUUCUGAGGCGCGGCCUCAGUCUCAGCGACCCCAUACCGAAGCUGAUCGCAGAGCUGCAGAGCGGCAAGCGGCCGAAGACGAGGCGCGGCGCCAAGAAAUAAUCAACAAAGAGCUGGCGGGCGCUGAAGAGGCUGUAGACCUCCAUAGUUGUAAGGAGCUCUGGACUAGCGCUCUGGUCGGUGCCACUGAAGUCGCAGAGGACAGGGCCUCAAAAGAGGUUCAAUCCACACUUGGCAAAGCGUGUGACCGUUCGUUCAAAGAGAUGACCGCUGUGUUCGAAGGGAUGCAUACAGCAAACCCUGAGCGCCAAAGGAAGCUAAGCGACGAAGAGUUGGAUAAACUGGGCGUUCUGGUACAACGUUGCCACGAGAUAUGCCGAUAUUCUUACAGGCCGGACAUGCAUUUUGACAGAGAGAGACAGAAAAUGGUUCGAGACAUUUACGGACAUCUAAUCCGCCGUUCGCUAAAGCUGUCAGUAUUGGCGUUGAAGAGCUACUUUCGGAACAACAGGCUCAGCGCAUAUGCCAUCGGAAAAAUCUGCCAGCUGCUGGAGAUCACAGAGAAAUUGGUAGACAGCGCGAGCAAGUGGACUCCGAGACCCGGGCUGGAAAGUGGCGUCAAGAGCAAGACAAAAUCCGAGAUCGCGCAGCCUAUCCAGUCUCUCAAGAAGCGCUACAAUGAGGCUCUGGUAGAAAGUGGCAGGUCGCGGUGGCUGAAUGAACACAACCGUCUAGCAAUCCAGAGUUCGAUGCAGCUAGAAGAGCAGCAUCGGACAUGGCGAGAUUCGAUUCGCACCAAGUACAGUCGCUCCAGGAGUGAUUAUCAAUAUGAGAACGCCGGCUUCGAGCACCAAUCCGCCCCCAGCGAACAAGGCCACGUUGUCGACGUCGACGACAUUGCCAACGACGAAACAGAGGCACCGAACCACCAUUUACGCCAGACCAAGGGCACAGCUGUACGGAGGAGACCAAAUAUUCGUCGAGAACCGACAGAAGAUAUUCCUGCCCCCAACGAGCCGGAAUGGACUGACCGAGAACUGACGGCGCUCACCAAUGGGCUGCAGAAAUUCACGGGCGAGUCAAGGUGGGAAGAAAUCAUGAACGAGUAUAGCCGGUGUCUGGGGAAAUAUGACAUGGACACGCUCGUGGCCAAGGCUAAGUGGUGCAAGCAGAUCAUGUCAAGCAAGCUUGAACAGGACAUGAGCGGCGAGUGGGACUGGUUGAAGAGUGUUCCAGGUUGA